CUCGUCAAAGAGAUAUUGAAUAUCAGAUCUGUUCGCCCACCGGCGCAAAAUUCGAGCCACUCCCCUAUGACCUUGAGGUCCUGGAGAAUUCCUAAACUGCUUGUUAGUGGGUAGUUUUCAAGUUGUCUAUUACAUGCGGGGAUGGAUGAGCUUUCUUUGUAUUUUUCAACCGAGAAUGAAACAUCCAAGACAAAGUUAAGUAGGAAAUCGGCGAAAUCGUUCUCAAGACCAAAUAACUUUCAUAAUGACUCACAUCAAAGCAAAGUUUUCAGAGAUUACAGGAGGAAGAAUAAAUCCAUGGAAUUCAACAAAGAAGUCAGCAAUCGGCCACUCAACAACCUCAUUACUACCUCCAACACUAACUUGCGUAGUGGCUUUGAUUGCGGGAAUAUUUCUACAAAUAUGCCACACAUUUUACCUCCCGAAGUAGAAGUAGGGAAUGUCGAGUAUAAACGGAAAUUAGUUGAUCCAACACCGAAUCGUUUUGAACAACUUGUCACUCAAAUGAAAUGGCGUCUAAAUGAAGGUGGUGGGAAAGCGAUAUACAAAUUAGGCGUUGACGAUGAUGGACAUAUUAGUGGUCUGUGUCAAAGUGAGUUGCUGAGUUCCCUGGCAACACUUGAACGUAUGGCAAAACGUUUAAAUGCUACACUGCAUCCAUUAAGAGAACGUAUUAUUGAACCAGUUGGACAUGAUGAUGAUACUAUCAAUCCGACAAAUAAGGAAUAUCGUAAAGCUAUUGAAUUAUUGGUUCGUUUAGCGCCAACAACAAAUGAUGGUUCACCUGAUCUAUGCGUAGCUUUAGUCGGUGGAAUGGAUUCAGGCAAGUCGACAUUGAUCGGUGUAUUAACAGACGGGGAAUUGGAUAAUGCACGUGGCAAAGCUCGAUUAAAUCUAUUUCGUCACUUACAUGAAGUUCAAUCGGGUCGUACCAGCAGUUUAAGUCGUGAGCUGCUGGGCUUUGAUGCUGAUGGCAAUGUCACUAACUAUAAAUACGCUGAUGGAAGAGUUUAUCGAAGAUCUGCAGAAGAAGUUGUCCGAAUGUCAUCGAAUUUGAUCACCCUGAUCGAUUUAGCUGGACAUUCGCGAUAUCAACGCACCACCCUAUCCGGCAUUGCUUGUAAUCAACCUGUCAUGAGUAUUCUAGUGAUAUCAGCAACAAUCGGUUUGACGACAAUCGGUUUAGAGCAUAUUCAAUUGAUACGUUCACUGAAUUUACCAAUGAUUGUUGUCCUAACAAAAAUUGAUCAAUUAUCCAGUGGUGGGGAACAGUUGAAACGGAUCAAUUCAAUAUAUCGUCAAUUGGUGUAUCAAUUUAAACAAAUUGAAUAUGCAUGGUCAUAUAAUAAUGGAAUACCUAUAUGGAAUGAAAAAUAUUCAAUGUUCACUAAUAACUGGGAAUUAAAUUCAAACAAAGAUUCAAACGGAAGUCAGUGUAUGCCACCAUUUUUUCCUGUUUCCUCUGUAACUGGCCAAGGAAUUGAUCAUUUAAUUAAAUUUCUAAGUCGUUUAAGUUGUUUAAAUCAAUCAAUCGACGGGGGAUUAUCAUUAAAACAAGAAAAAAAACAGCCUACAUCAAAUCAACCCUUGAACACCGCUGAACAUGUUAAACAAGCGCAAUCUUUAAAUUCAACAGAUAUUUUCCUUGCAUUAAAUGAAAAUCAAAUUCAGUUAAUGUUAAGUAAAAUCAGUGAAGAAAUAAAAAUUAUUAAAACAUAUCGAGAUUUUAAUGGUACGCUGUUUUGGAUCAAUCAAGUGUAUACACAAAUCCCGGGAGUGUGUAAUCCCGUCCUAGUUGGACGUGUACAACUUGGUCAGUUGUUGAAUAAUCAAAUACUGUGGCUUGGUCCGGAUCAUUUUGGUGAUUUUUAUCCAGUUCAAAUAGUCAGUCUAAUGCAUAAUCGUCAAGUUCAUGAAAUUGUCUAUGCUGGUCAGCUGGCUUCAAUGGAGGUACAUUUUUUACCGAAGUCGUGGAACACGCUAAGUUAUACGCAACGUAUUCAUAUAUUACAAAAUAUCUCUUCAUCUUAUAAUAAUAAUAAUAACACCAAUAGUAUUAUGAAUCAACAAAAUAAACGAUCACAAUAUUUAUUAUUUGGGAAUGAUAAUGAUAACACCGGGAAUGAAGAGAAUAUCCCCUACAAUGAAGAACCGAAUGAUAGUAAUACCGAUAAGAUGUGGCAUUCAUCUGUCAAACUACGUCGUGGCAUGGUUCUACUCACUUAUCCAAUGUUAAUCAAUAAACAUCUCUCGAAAUCAUCAUCAUCAACACUAUUAUUAUCCCCUACAAAUCCAAAUUCCCCGUCAACAUCUUCAAAUCUUUCUCCUCUAUCCUCAUCGUCAUCCGCCUCCUCCUCCUCGACGUCGUCGCCGUUUUCGCCUUCAUCACAUCCUUCACCUUCGUAUGAUGCAUUCAUUUGGAAUCAACCGUUGGCAUCAAAAGAUUCUAUCAAUUUUUCAGUGGUCUGGACAGUGAAGCUACGCUUAACCUGUCGUCUACCGAUUGUUUCCUUUAAAUUGGGUACACCACCGAUUAUUUUAACACCGAUACCAUCGAUUGGUCAACGUGUUACUAUCUAUGCUGGUUGUAUAUGUCAAACUGGUGUUGUUAUUGACGGGAGGAUUGAAGAGUAUCAACGUAGUCAAUAUGAUCAGUGUGGGAAUAAUAAUAAUAAUAAUUUAAACAAUAAGAAUCACUUGGAGGAUACAAGUCAUCUUUAUGUACGCUUUACACGACAACCUGAAUGCGUUGAAAUCGGCCGUCAAUUUAUACUCACCUGGAAUGGUAACUUGAAAACAGUCGGUUAUGUUAUUGAUCUUAUCGAUCCAUUGAAGUGUAACUCAUCAAUUUCUCCCUUGCUGAACAAUGAGACUAAUAGUAAUAAUAAUAACAAAGAAGAUGCCACCCAGCUAAUAAAUGAUAGUGGUAAUGACUUCAUAUGGAGAAGACAAAAUACUCUGUCAUUUCAUGAAAAAGAUGAUUAUGACAGUAGUUGGUCAAGUCUACGAAUGAAUUUUAUCGAUCGUAUAAUGAAUACAACUCAUGACAGUGGGAUUAAUAAUAAUAACAAUAAUAAUUUGCAAUACUUUUAUCAUAAGUCAAAGUCAUUGUCUUUAUCAAUGGAAGAAUUUCACGACAACAACAACACCAACAGCAAUUAUACAUCAACGAAUGAAAAAUUCGAUUCAAUGCAUUAUACUACUUCAAUUCAUUUAAGUAGUUUAUUAGAAACAGAGAUAGAAAACCAGGAGAAUCAGAAGAAGUGUAGAGAUCGGUCCAGUGGUGUUGGUGGUGGUGUUGAUGUAAUUCCUCCUGGACAGUCACAACGACAAGAACAACAACGAAAUGAGCAACAGUCAACUGAUAUUGGUGUAAAGUCUUCACAGUCUACGAAUUAUCCUUAUAAUAAUAAUAAUAUUAAUAAGAAAUCGUCAUCUUCUUCGAGAUCGAAUAAACGCCGUCAUCGACGGAAACAAAAGUCUUAA